ACUUAGAGAUGCAAACGUUUUGUCUGGCAUCAUUAAGAAGUUGACUAUUCCGCUCGGACGCAGCGUAUUGUUUUUUAUUUGCAAAUAUAAUAACUUUCUUAUUUAAAACUACUACCGUUUGCUGAUAAACUUUUUGCUCAAAACAUAAGCCUCUACAGAAUAUUUAACAACAAUGUCUUUGGUGUGUGCAAUUACAAAUGAAGUGCCAGACACACCAGUUAUUUCGCCCCACUCUGGCGCCAUAUUCGAGAAACGUAUCAUUGAAAAGUACAUACUGGAGAAUGGUUGCGAUCCAAUCACCGGCAAAGAGUUGAAAGUUGAAGAAUUAAUUGAGGUAAAAACGCCGCCUAUAGUUAAACCGAAACCGCCAAGCGCCACGAGUAUACCAGCUACAUUGAAGACUAUGCAGGAUGAAUGGGAUGCGUUAAUGUUACAUUCAUUCACACAACGACAACAACUGCAGACGGCGCGGCAGGAGUUAUCACAUGCAUUGUAUCAACACGAUGCGGCAUGUCGUGUUAUAUCGCGUUUAAAUAAGGAAGUAGCAGCAGCGCGUGAGGCUUUGGCUACCCUCAAACCACAAGCAGGUGUUACCCAUAUGGCACCGGCAGCAAUACCACAACCAGCCAUUGCUGCUGAGGCGGCCGGUAAUGCUAGCCAACCAAUUGAGCAAGCUGGAAUGAGUGCUGAAGUUAUACAAAAGUUACAAGACAAAGCGACCGUAUUGACGCAGGAGCGCAAGAAGCGUGGCCGCACGGUGCCAGAAGAAUUGGUUACGCAAGAACAAAUUAAGACAUUUAUGACUGUAGCUUCACAUCCUGGUCUACAUUCGGCAUCCAUUCCGGGUAUUCUAGCAUUAGAUAUUAACAGUGCUGAUCAUAGUAAAAUCUUAACUGGCGGAAAUGAUAAGAAUGCCACUGUAUUCAAUAAGGAUACAGAACAGGUUGUAGCUAUACUUAAGGGGCAUACUAAGAAGAUUACCAAAGUUAUCUAUCAUCCGCAUGAAGAUACUGUAAUCACAGGCUCGCCAGACAUGACUAUACGUAUUUGGAAUGUGCCAACAUCGCAGACACAACUGUUGCUACGCUGUCAUGACGGACCGGUGACUGGUUUAUCUCUACAUCCAACUGGCGAUUACAUACUAAGUACAUCAUCGGAUAAACAUUGGGCUUUCUCUGAUAUACGUACUGGACGUUUGUUGACUAAGGUUAUCGAUACUGCAGAGGUUGGCUUAACAACAGCACAAUUCCAUCCUGACGGUCUGAUUUUCGGCACUGGCACAGACGAUUCACAAGUUAAAAUUUGGGAUUUGAAAGAGCAAAGUAAUGUUGCAAAUUUCCCUGGACAUACUGGUCCCAUAUCAGCGAUUAGUUUUUCGGAAAACGGUUAUUAUUUGGCUACUGCAGCAGAUGAUGCUUGCGUAAAGUUGUGGGAUUUGCGUAAAUUGAAGAAUUUCAAAACAAUACAAUUGGAGGAUGGUUAUGAAGUUAAGGACCUGUGCUUUGACCAAAGUGGUACAUAUUUAGCUAUAGCUGGUACUGAUGUGAGGAUUCACCUAUGUAAGCAAUGGCAGGACUUGAAGGUGUUCAAUGACCACACGGCUUUGGCUACAGGCGUACGAUUCGGCAAGCAUGCGCAAUAUCUGGCUUCGACGAGCAUGGAUCGAACCCUUAAACUGUAUGCCGUUGAAUAAAAUCCAAUUUAGUGAAAUAUACUGGUUAACGUUGGGAGGGAUAACUACAUAUGAGAGCACGCAUAGAAAUCCAAUUUGCAUACAAAGUUUGAAGUUGUUUCAAUAACAUCAAUUUAGUCUUUUUUCAUGGAAUAAAAAUUCCGUAAACAAAUGGACAUGGAAUAUUCAAAAUACAUAUAAGUUUAAUUUAAACUAUAUAUUUAAAUUUUAUAAUUUUAAUCAGUUUAUAAAAACAACUAUAUGUAUGCCAAUACCAUUACAUCCUAAUUACAAUUAAAUUUCAUUAAAUACAUAAA